GGUCUUCCGAUUCUGCUGCGGGUAUUUUCUUUUCUUGGAUCUUAUCGAUCUAUGCCCUUUUGGUCUAUGGGGUAUCCCCCUUUUCCGCUUUUCUUUCUUUCAUCUUCCUAAUUCCUCAGGUAAGCUUCAUGCCAGUCUGACUAAGGUAAGGGGGGAAGACCUCAUUUCGUCAUUCAUAUCUAUUCGUCUUAGCCCUGCUUCGGCGAUUCAAUCCGACAUUUCAUUUCCCCCUUCAUCAUUUGAUUUUUCGCAUCUAAGAGCUGAUCUUGCAAAAGGAGUACAGCGCGAUAACAAGCGAUUUGUGAUCAAUAAAAAGUACCACCGGAUUCUGUACCCAUCAGUCUUGGAUCCUCACCUUAGACAGUUUCAUUUGGUUAUGAAAGAAAGGCCUUAUCCCUAGCGUUAAGGUCUCUAUCAAGCACUCUUCUAAAAGGAAUGUCAUGAUACAAAGUGGGCUGGUCAUCCGGGGCAACAAGGCACGCGAGCAUGCCAUUCAUGAAAGUCUUACCUAUAGAGUAAGUAGCUAAAGCAAGAGAGCCAUCAAGCAAGCGAUUGUAGGUACGCUAAGUUUAUAUAUUAUCUUAUAUAAGAUAAGCGGAUUGUUGUGGAACUAGAUCCUCUGCUAGAGUCAGAGUUGUUGUGUAGCCAGGUUCACCUGCCCAAUGCCAAUGAUACGAAGAGCUAGCUUUGCUACCCCUGGGGGCUCAGAGAAAAGUCUACUUGCAUUUGUUAAGCAUGUGAAAAAGCUUUCCUGCACGCGGGAACCUUCCUUCUGUCUUGCAGCCUUGAUGCUCAGUUCUGUUCUCCCGCACACCCGCUUUUGCAAGGCUAGCCGGGGGGGAGGUGCUUUUUCGGGUUUGGUUUGCCUAGAUAGGAAGUGCGCUUGCAGUGCUUCUAGUAACUAUUUUGAAGUGCAAUAUAUUUCUGUUCCAGGGGUAUGAUUGCUUCUUUCUUCGGCUUAAAAGCUAGGGCUUGUGGUUCGUUAUCAGUACCUGUUUUAGAGCGAUAUAACCUCCUUGUCCGCCUCUCAAUGUCCGGGUCUUUCCCCAGCCCUCUCUCUCGAUGUGGUGCCUUUCACUCUGCUCUGUCAACACUUUAUCGCAAUGCCGAAAGGCAGGAUUUCUGGUCUUUUAGGAAAAGGAUAUCGAAUGAUCGAUUCACCGUUGAGAACAUUAACCCCAAAAAGAGGAAUAUUGUGGUGUUCUAACAGCGGCAUUAUCCCUUCUAUCUAUCUGAAUUAUGCAACAAGAAAAGUAAGUCAAAAAAAAUUGUAGCUUUUUAAAACUCUUUCUGAAAAAGUCUGUAGGCCCCUACUUUAGUUCUCUUUUGGGGGCUUACAAGGGUGUUCCGUUAGCAACGGGAAGGUUAGCUCAAGUGAUAGAGGGAGGUGGUAAGAGACGUAUCUUUGCAAUAUGUAAUUACGUAAAAAACAAAGGUUACUGUUUCCUGUCCACCAAUGGGCAAUGAAAGUCCUAUCUCGCCUUCCGGCGGAUGGAGCAUUCGACCAAGAACGUCCGUUGGUACGAUUACGAUCUCAAAAGAAACGUAAUUCUUUCUCUUUUGAUUCAAAAUCGGCAACGGACCGUUGGCCAUUGAGUGUCAUAUACACCUUCAUGUCCUGCAUGUGGGGGAGUACACUGGCAUCAUCAAUAGUCAACAGUUCCUUGGGUCUCAACACUUUCUUGAUCGUCCCUCCGAUGGUCAAGAGGGUGAGUGAGAUUGCCUUCUUAACAGGACAGCCGUUAGGUUACUACGGAUCAUGGUCCCUAUUUGCGCUUUCCCACCAUUAUAUGGUGUGGCUAGCUGCGAAAUAUGCAUACCCAACGAGUACUACCCCUUUUGCUGAUUACGCCCUGUUAGGUGAUGAUAUCCUAAUCACCGAUACAGAGGUGGCGCGGCAGUACAGGAUUUUGCUGGAUAGGCUUGGUGUUACAAUCUUAGCAAAAUCGAUAAUAUCCGAGAACGGAACCCUCGAGUUUGCUAAGAGAUUUUGGACCAAGGACAUGAAAAUUUACCUUUCUCCAAUCUCUCUUAGAGCAUUAACUUCCUGUAGGACAACUGUGGGUCUGUGUCAACUCGCAACCAAGUAUUCGAUUUCAACAUCGAUUUUACCUAUUUUUUGGGGGGCCGGAUUCAGAGUUCGUUCUCGUUUGAUGUCUACUCAAUCUAAACGUUGGGAAAGACUGAAAGCGGCUGCAAGCAAACCACACAGGUCACAUCUAUUACCUCUCGAAUAUUGGAUUGGGAGAUUUAAACCUCUCAAUCUUUUUUUUUUUGAAGGGAAAGAUAAUAGAUUAUCUCCGGAAGGAAUUAACACCUAAGGAGAUACGACUCUUUCCAAAUGAGUUGGUGUUUGAUGGUGAGAGAGAAAUCCUUGAACGCACUGUUUUACUCAGAUGGGUGAAACAGUGGCCGAAAUGGGUCUCUUGGUACCAUACUGUUGCAGCAUCAGCGGAAGUAACCAUUGAUCAGUUGAUCGAAGUUCCUAUGUGUAGUAAAUCCUGAAAAAGAACAAACGAAGAUCUUGAUUUGAUCAAGUAUAGUUGAGGGUUGGUGUUCAGUGUGGGCAGUCUCCUCUAUCAAAAUAGUAAGAGAAAAAGAAGGACUUAUCUCAGAUCUUUACGUUUCACAUUUGAAUUUAUUCUAAUUUCAAUUCCUCUCCAAUGUUAUCAAAACCCGUUGCCUUUUUACUGGAAUUUUCUGCGAUAGUUUUUUCCACUAUUUUAGCGAUUAUGAUUGAGAUAAAGCUCUUUAGAUGGUCUUUUCUAUUGUAUAAUUUUCUAUUGUCCGAGUUGGAGUUAGAAAUACAUCAGGAUUUCGUGUGCUUACUUAUAUUGCUUUUGGUUUUCGUAUCAUGGAUCUUGGUUCGCACUUUAUGGCAUUUCCACUAGAAAAAGAAUCCAGACAUUUCUCGUGUACCUAUUAUGGAAAGCGUUUGGACUCUGUCUCUUUUUCUUUCGUUCUCUUUUUUCUUUUAUGAAUUGUUGUUAGAAAUGGUAGACUGCGCAGGAAAGGAUUCGGGUGGGGGAGCGUCUACCUCCUCUCCCAAGCCUGAUGAAUGG